AUGGCUCCCCUGCCACAGGCUCCUUGCAGAGAUGUGACCCCUGUUGGCAGUCCACAACGACCAACAACCAAUACCGGUGAUACCGGCGCCACCUUGAGUCCGUCCCAACGAGCACUGAGCUAUGCAAGCGGGUAUGCUGUCCCUGUAUCGCCCCGCCGCGCAGCGUCGAAACGAGCUCUUCGAUCAGCUGCUGUUCCCAGCCAUUUGCGGCCUCCAUCUGUCCCCGGGCGAAGUCCAGCGCCAUCAAGCUCUGUACCCGACAUGGGCACGAUGAGGACGGAUGACCUUCUUCAGAGCUUUCCUCAACCUCCAAGUCAAAUCCAAGCUGCACGACUACGUCCAAGUCGGUCUGCUCCUGGUAAGCGCCCUUCGUGGUCGUUGUUCCCAAAGGCGAACGGAGACAGCCAACGAGCGAUAACCCUCCGGCCUCUGCCAUCACUGCAGAUGAGUACAGCAGAUCCAAGGCUGCGUGAGCAAGAUGAGCCGGCAGGGGAUGUAUCCACGCAAUCGGUCAUUCGCAGCUUUCUCGAAGAGACUCAUGGUCGCUUCUUCACCGCCAGAACGUCGCUGACCAAUGUGAACAAUGACUACCUGCAGUGCUCUGAUCGCCGUGAGCCACAGCAGCCAAGCGAGACUGCCAACCAGCUAUCAUCGCUUCGGGUUCCCGGACUUCACGCGCCUGAUCCAAUCCAGAGUGAGAGCGAGCGAGCUACAGCCCAACCUGAGGGAAUCACGCAAGAUUGCACGGAGAGGAUUGAUCCGGAAUUUGAUGCAGUCCGGCCUGAGAAUGCGGCAGUGCUGACGGCCACGCCAACGAGAGUCAUCCAGGACCCUCAGCUGUGCAAACACAAGCUAGCAAAGAUGCAAGCGGCGCUCCAGACGAGACCAAUGCUGCACAUUGCUGGUUCAGCAAGGUUUGAUGGCAGCAAUGCAUCUCCAAUAUCGGCUCCCGAGCCCAUCGCUCAGGACCAUGCUGCAUUUGACCCUAGGAAUCGGACGUCAAUCGCAAGCACUAACCUCACCGUGCUGCCUCCAGCGCCGGUGGGCAGUGCAGCUGCAACUGCCGAGCCCCAGGCCAAUGCAGUCGGGACAUCUUCUCCAUCAGCACCCCAGACGGUCGCAGCUGCGCCAGCGGGCACCACAUUCGUGACCAAUCCGGGCGGCAGCACCUUCGCAAUUAGCCCGUACGACCCACACUAUCGACCUACUACCCGGGCAGCAACCUUCAGCACCUUGCAGUCAGGACCUAGCGAGCACGACCGUGCCUAG